AUGUGGAUGGGCAAGAUCGGUAAUAAAUCUGCCGCUUUCAUUCGGCACAAACACUUUCAUCCAGGGACAUACCAGAACAUGGAGAAGGUUUGGCUGGCUGAAGAGAAGCAGAAGGCAGAGGAGAGAAGGCAGAAAGAGAUGAAAGAGAAGAGAGAGGAGGAGCUGAAAACCCUUGAAAUAAAACGACAGAUUAGGGAACAGGAGGAGCUCAAGCGGAUGGAGAUGAUUUUGGAGGAGAAAAGAAAUAAAUAUAAAGUUGAUCGCAAUUUCGUAUCUGAAAAUCAGUCUGGUCUGAUUCUAACAGGCAAUACAACCUCUUCAGCCUCUCCCACAGCUAAGACCACUAAUACUAAUAAGGAGGAAAAGAAGCUGGUAAUAAGAUCGCAAUACACUGAGGAUGUUUUUAAGAACGGCCACACGACUGUUUUUGGGAGUUACUAUGAUCGAGAUAACAAGAGCUGGGGCUACAAGUGCUGUAAACUUACCGACAAGGACGUUCGGUGUCCUGAGGCAAAGCCCAAAUAUAAACGCAAGAACCCUGACUCUGAGACUGCUGACCGUUCCUCAAACAAACAGGCCAAAAAAUCUACCAACCAAGGCUCUGGACUCACAGAUUCACUAAAACUUUUGAAGCAAAUGGAUGCCUUGGAAUAA